AUAGGAGCGCGACCAGCAAAGCAGAACAACCGAGCGUGAACGUGACCCACCGCCAUUCGUCGGAACACUCUAGCACUGGCUAUCCGCGACCACCUUUGCUCCGCCGCAGGAAACCUAUAAGUACCCAUCUCCGGCCACCUCUUCAUCAUCAAUCAUCUCGGUUUAAGAGCAAUAUUCUCUCAACACCCACAUAUAUAACAAUAUAUAUACGUAUAUUCCCGAGCUCAGUAAUCAGAAGGAGGUCGGGAAGAGCAACAGUAAUUUUGUUCGGGAAGAGAAUGGCAAUGGGUUUCAACAACAGGGCUCUGGCUCUUCUCCUUCUCUUCGUUUCAGAGUUUUUACUAGGAUUGACGUUAGCGGCGGAGUCGUCGUCGAAGCUCGGAACGGUGAUUGGUAUCGAUCUGGGAACGACGUAUUCCUGUGUGGGCGUGUAUCGGAACGGUCAUGUCGAGAUCAUAGCGAACGAUCAAGGAAACCGAAUCACUCCUUCAUGGGUCGCGUUCACCGACUCAGAGCGUCUAAUUGGGGAGGCCGCAAAGAAUCAGGCGCCUCUCAAUGCAGAGCGCACCAUCUUCGACGUCAAGCGCCUUAUUGGAAGAAAGUUUGAAGAUCCAGAGGUUCAGAGAGAUAUGAAGCUGUUGCCUUACAAGAUUGUGAACAAGGGAGGGAAGCCUUAUAUCCAGGUAAAGAUCAAGGAUGGUGAGAUCAAGGCGUUCAGCCCUGAGGAAAUCAGCGCCAUGAUAUUGGGGAAGAUGAAGGAGACGGCUGAAUCGUAUUUGGGGAAGAAAAUCAAGGAUGCUGUGAUAACUGUUCCGGCUUACUUUAACGAUGCACAGAGACAGGCAACCAAGGAUGCCGGCACCAUUGCCGGGCUGAACGUAGUUCGAAUCAUUAACGAGCCGACAGCAGCCGCGAUUGCCUACGGAUUGGACAAGAAAGGCGGAGAGAAGAACAUUCUGGUUUAUGAUCUUGGUGGGGGUACAUUUGAUGUUAGCAUCUUGACCAUUGACAAUGGCGUUUUUGAGGUCCUUGCAACCAGUGGCGACACCCACUUGGGAGGAGAAGACUUCGACCACAGAGUCAUGGAUUAUUUCAUCAAGCUGAUAAAAAAGAAAUACAACAAAGACAUCAGUAAAGACAACAAGGCGUUGGGGAAGCUAAGAAGGGAGUGCGAGGGGGCCAAGAGGGCUCUGAGCAGCCAACACCAAGUUAGAGUCGAGAUCGAGUCCCUUUUCGACGGAGUCGAUUUCUCUGAGCCACUGACAAGGGCGAGGUUCGAAGAACUGAACAUGGACCUGUUCAAGAAGACGAUGGGGCCAGUCAAGAAGGCCUUGGAGGACGCCGGGUUGAAGAAGUCGGAUGUCAAUGAAAUUGUGCUUGUUGGAGGAAGUACCCGGAUUCCUAAGGUGCAGCAGCUGUUGAAGGACUACUUCGAUGGCAAAGAACCCUGCAAGGGCGUCAACCCGGAUGAGGCUGUCGCCUACGGGGCUGCGGUUCAAGGAGGAAUCCUGAGCGGUGAAGGCGGCGAAGAAAUUAAAGACAUUCUUUUACUUGAUGUUGCUCCUUUAAGCCUCGGGAUAGAGACUGUUGGUGGUGUCAUGACCAAGCUGAUUCCAAGGAACACUGUGAUCCCAACCAAGAAAUCUCAGACCUUCACUACCUAUCAGGACCAGCAAACAACCGUUUCAAUCAAGGUCUAUGAGGGAGAAAGAAGCUUGACAAAGGAUUGUCGCGAGCUUGGCAAGUUCGACUUAUCAGGCAUACCGCCGGCUCCUAGGGGAGUGCCCCAAAUCGAGGUCACAUUCGAGGUGGAUGCCAAUGGCAUCCUGCAUGUGACGGCAGAGGACAAGGCGGCGAAGAACAAGCAAUCGAUCACGAUCACAAACGACAAGGGGCGGCUGAGCCAGGAGGAGAUCGAGAGGAUGGUGAAGGAGGCAGAGGAGUUUGCAGAGGAGGACAAGAAGGUUAAGGAGAGAAUUGAUGCUAGGAACAGCCUGGAGACGUACAUUUACAACAUGAAGAACACCAUCAACGACAAGGAUAAGCUGGCGGACAAGAUCGAGGCUGAGGACAAAGAGAAGAUGGAGGGGGCGCUGAAAGAGGCUCUGGAAUGGUUGGACGACAACCAAAGCGCGGAGAAGGAUGAAUUUGAGGAGAAGAUGAAAGAGGUUGAAGCUGUGUGCAGUCCUGUGAUCAAGCAGGCUUAUGAGAAGGCUGGCGCGACGUCUGCUGGCUCUCAAGAUGAUGAUGAUGAAGAAGAAGAGCCUAACGAUGAGUUGUAGACGGCAUUCCAACAAUAACUUUACUACCGUUUUGUUACUUUUUCUUAGUUUCUGUUUCCUUUUUGUACUUACUCCAUAUUUUAAUUAUAUAUAGAACUGCCCAAUCUGAAAAUUUGAGUAUUA